AACUCGUGCCCGUGCCCGUCCGUCCCGGCGGCUCUCUCAAACCCACACUCCCCACCUUCUUGCGGCACAAGCCGGAGCCGACGAUCCCAGCGCCCGCGCCGCCGUCGACGCGGCCUCCUCCGCCCGCCGGGAUCGGUCCGCUCCUGGAGCCAGCAGCGACAACUAGCUGUAUCUGUAGCGUUGCAGUGAAAACCGCAUCCUGGUACCAGGGGAAUCCCGUGUUUUCACAUAGGCAGGAGAGAACUGUAUAAACGGUUCAGUGGUUGAAGCUACUUAAGUCUUAACCAUGAGUAGCAUAGGAACCGGGUAUGAUCUGUCUGUCACCACUUUCUCCCCGGACGGCCGUGUCUUCCAGGUCGAGUAUGCUGGCAAGGCCGUCGACAACAGCGGGACGAUUGUUGGGAUCAAGUGCAAAGAUGGAAUUGUCCUCGGUGUGGAGAAGCUGAUAACAUCGAAGAUGAUACUUGCCGGGUCGAAUCGGAGACUUCACUCAGUUCACCGGAACUCUGGCUUGGCUGUGGCUGGGUUAGCAGCAGACGGUAGGCAGGUGGUCUCAAGAGCAAAGUCAGAAGCAGCCAAUUAUGAAAAGGUAUACGGAGAACCCAUGCCUGUGAAGGAAUUAGCUGAUCGUGUAGCUAGCUACGUUCAUCUGUGUACACUCUAUUGGUGGCUCAGGCCUUUUGGCUGUGGAGUUAUUCUUGGAGGUUAUGAUAGGGAUGGGCCACAGCUCUACAUGAUCGAACCUUCAGGGCUCUCAUAUAAAUAUUUUGGUGCUGCUCUGGGUAAAGGAAGACAGGCUGCAAAAACGGAGAUAGAGAAAUUGAAGCUUUCUGAGCUAACUUGCAGGGAAGGCAUUGUUGAGGUUGCCAAGAUAAUUUAUGGUGUACACGAUGAAGCGAAAGACAAAUCUUUUGAGCUGGAACUGAGCUGGGUGUGUGAUGAAUCUAACCGCCAGCAUGAGAAGGUUCCAAAUGAUCUUCUGGAGCAGGCCAAGGCAGCAGCGCAGGCAGCGUUGGAAGAGAUGGAUGCCGACUAAGAAGAGACCAUGAGCUCUGCUUCCCAUUUACUUUCACGUGUGGCGUAACAGAUUCAGGGCUGGAGCGGUUCGUUUUCAGUGCAAAAAACUACUACCUUCAGGGCGUUGUUGCUUUCGGUUCCAUGAUUCCAUCCCAGUCGAGGUAGCAAGCAGAGGUUCUCGUGUUUUGUAGCGAAUCGUAUUCUGCUUGCUGUUGGUCACACACUAAAUCUUUUGAAAUCCGAACAUGUUUGUCAUAGAUCUUAA